CCGAUAAUACUGUAAUAUGAUUUUUAUAUAAUACUUUUCACUAAUUUUCCUAUAUUACCAAUUUGAUCAGAAUUUCAAAACUAAAAAUGUACACUUUGCUUUCGGGAUUACUGCGACAUGCUCUGAAGAAAGACGAAUAUUGUAUCUUAAUUCUGGGACUUGACAAUGCUGGAAAAACGACAUUUUUGGAGCAAACCAAAACAAAAUUUACAAAAAAUUACAAAGGAAUGAAUUUGGGGAAAAUUACAACAACAGUUGGCCUGAAUAUUGGAAAGAUUGACAUCAGUGGAUCAAGGCUUAUGUUUUGGGAUCUUGGUGGACAAGAAGAAUUACAAAGUCUUUGGGAUAAAUAUUUUGCGGAAUCACAUGGCAUCAUUUACCUUGUAGAUUCUGUCGAUGUUGAUAGGAUACAAGAAUCCAAACAAGCUUUCGACAAAAUGUUGCGGAGUGAAGCACUUGAUACUGUUCCCUUACUGGUGUUGGCAAACAAGCAAGAUGUAUUAUCAUGCGCUACAGUCUUGGAUAUUAAGAAGGCUUUUCAUGAUUCCUCCACUCAUAUUGGCAACCGAGAUUGUAUGAUAAGAUCUGUAUCUGCUCUAACAGGUCAAGGUGUGAAUGAAGGCAUUGAAUGGAUGGUGAAAUGUGUUCAAAGAAAUCCUUACAGGCCACCGAGACAGAAAGAUGGUGCAUGAUUAAAAUAACAUCGAUCCAUUUCAUACAGUAUCUAAACACUGUCCGAAAUGUUUGCUUAAACUCCAAGGGCACAAGUAUUUUCUCCUUGUUUCUGAUACUAAUCGUCGUUUAACACUCAAUAUUCGGAUGAAA